AUGCUGAGGGUGCUGCUGCUCCUGGGGGGCCUGGCCCCCGCCCUGUCCGCUGACAUCCGGGACCCCCCAGAUGGGAAGGAGAUGGGCAGAUCACGCCCUUGCUGCCCCCUGUACCUCUGUGCCCCCCCCGUGGGCACCCACCUGGUUCCCCUGGGCCCGGCGGGGCUGAAUGGAUGGGGGGGUGCCCAGAGAUUUCGGUGCCCCCCAGGUCCGCACGGGCAGCAGCACUGGCCCGAGGCGCACCCCGAGUGCGGGGGCCGCGCUCAGUCCCCCAUCGAUAUCGCGACAUCGCGGGCACAGCACGACCCGUCCCUGCCGCCGCUGCUGCCCGAGGGCUACGAGCGCCCCGAGAGCCCGCAGCUGAGCCUCGCCAACAACGGGCACACCGCCGUGCUGGCGCUGCCGCCGUCCCUGCGGCUCCGGGGGCUGCCCCGAACCUUCGCCGCCGUUCAGCUCCACUUCCACUGGGGCCGGCCCGGCAGCGCCGCCGGAGCCGAGCACCUGCUGGACGGGCGCCGGGCCCCCGCCGAGAUGCACGUGGUGCACUUUGACUCGGAGCGUUUCGCCGAUGCCAGCGCGGCGCAGCAGCAGCCGGGCGGGCUGGCCGUGCUCGGCGUCCUGCUGGAGCUCGGAGACAACCCCCACCCCGCCUAUGACAACAUCCUGAGGCAUCUCGGCAGCAUCCGCCACGCAGGGCAGACGGUGGACAUCCCCUCGUUCAGCAUCCGGGAGCUGCUGCCCGAGCGGCUGGAGCGCUACUACCGCUACAACGGCUCCCUGACCACCCCGCCCUGCUCGCAGAGCGUCCUCUGGAACGUCCUCCCGCAGCCCGUGCGCAUCAGCCGCGCCCAGCUGGAGCAGCUCCAGGGGAGCCUUUACUGCACGAAGGAGGAGGAGGAGCCGCAGCUCCUGGUGAACAAUUUCCGAGCCCCGCAGGAGCUGAACGCGCGCUCGGUGCUCUCGUCCUUCAGGGGGUCACAGGGAUAUUCCACAGGCGCGAUCAUCGCCAUCAUCUUCGGCACCAUCGCCUGCUGCGCCGGCCUCUUCCUCGCCUUCCACUUUGGGGCCAAGAGGAUGCGGGCGAGGAGGGAGCAGGCACAGGACGUGGCGUUCAAAUCCUCCCCCCGGAGCUCGCCCACUCCCGCUGAGCCCUGACCGGGCUGGGCUGGGCUGGGCUGGGAGGAGCCAACCCAGGCCAUCCCCCAGCCCCAAGGCAAAUAAAGCCCUUUCCCCCUCCGGGUGGCUCUUUGUGAGGAGGGAACCAGCGCCUUUGAGGGGCUUUGGGCUGGAUCCCA